AUGUCCGCACCAGAUGCCGUCACAGACUAUCAAAAGGAGAGGACCGACUUCCUAUCAUGGCUCGAAGACCAAGCCCGACUUAUCAGACACCAACCGAAGCCAGAUACCAUUUCAGAAGUGAAAGUCAACCUUUGCGAACGAAGCGCUGAAUACCUAGAUCGACUCACCGAGGCGUCCAUUUUCAUGGCUUGUGAGGCAAGCGAUCAUAUCUGCGUUACUGCAAAGCCGGACCGGUUUUACAAUGAUAUGGUCCCGAAAAUGUGCAGUCUGCUUCAGAUUAGGAUGCCUCAGCUGGCGAUGAGGCUUGGGAUCAAUCCUAAAUGCGACAUGUGUGUGCAUUUCAUUAUUAUGAAUAUUCUGGCGGAGCCAGGUUUCUGA